CGGCUGUGCGCUGCCAGGAAGCUGGGCCUGAUCCUGAGGAACUUUUCAAUGACACUGCCUCUUGCGAGGUGACCUCAUCUUGCGACGAUGUCGAAGGCUUCGAAGCAAUCAAGCAGCUCCAUCGGCAGUUGGACGAUGACAAAUCAGGAACCGUCGAGUUAUUCGAGACUGACGGUUUCAUCAGGGGGGAACUGCAGAACCCGAAUGGCAACGAGCGACAAAUAAAAGCUUUCCACGGCUCGGAUACAAGCAUUUCAGUUCUGGAGAUGUGGUUGAGUUGGAAAAAGAGUGAAGUUCACAAUUGGACCGUCGAGGAGACGGUCGCAUGGCUCGUCGAUUCCGUCGAGCUCCCUCAAUACGUCAGAUUAUUUCACGAAAACCAAAUAGACGGCGCAAAAUUGCCUCGAAUGGCGAUCAACAGCAACCACUAUCUCGGAAGCGUACUUGGAAUCCGGGAUCCGAUCGCUAAACAGAGACUCGUCCUGAAAGCGAUGGACGUUGUUCUUUUCGGACCGCAACGCAAUCACAAUUGGCUUAAGGACGUUGUUCUCGCGGUCGUUCUCAUAUUCGCCACGACGAUCGUCUGGUACCUCUACCGACAGAAUCGACGGUCGCAGUUACAAGUACAAAAGAUGAUGAAAGAAAUGGAUUCUCUCCAGAAAGCAGAAGACGCACUCGUAGAAAUGCAACAGCAAUUAGAUAAAGCUCGCAGCAAGCAAGAAAGCCUCCAAGAGGAAAUCUCCAACAAGAGCAAGGAGGGCACCGCCUACAGCGACCCCGACAACAUGAUCUACAAACUACAAGAAGAAGUUCGUUUCCUGACCGACGAGCUUGUCAAAGCCCAGAAUCUCCCGCGAGGGACAGUCCCACCUCAGCUCCAGCAUUGGCUGCAGCUCACGCAUGAAAUCGAGUUGAAGAACUACCUUGGCAAGAAGAACGCUGCGGAACAUCAACUCCACAAAGCGAAAGACGAAUGCGAGAAGCUGAGACGAAAGGGACAGAGCUUCAUGGGACCGUUCAGGUUGACCCAUGGAGGCAGCAUCGAUGAGAUCGAUACGACCAUCCUCAAAGCUAGACAAGCCCUGUCGGAGGUCACCCAAGAUUUCACGGAACGAUUGAAUCGAUGGCGACAGAUAGAACGGCUAUGCGGAUUCAAUAUCGUAUCCAAUAGAGGUCUCGUUCAUUUAGAGGCUCUUCUGCAUGGUCAUGCCGUGCCUCCACAUGCUUAUAACACGCCCACUGCCGGUAGCACAAAGAGCGUCAUUUCUCGCUCUGGCAGUGAGGGAACCAUGAGCGACGACGAUAGCCCUGGGUCGUACAACAAUAACAUGAGUAGUGUGAACCAACUUCUUCGCGGAUCGACCGCCAUUCUCUUGGCGCCUUCAAUACAACAUCAGUGCUGUCUCGAAGCUGAUAGCAAGCCUCAGAGCGGUGCUGUCAGACCGCAAACAUUGGAGCGGCGGCGAAGUAAAAGCUCGUUCCCGGAAGUGGACGUUGCAUCGACCACGAGUGCGUCGAUAUCCUCGAAAAGCAACGCUGUCUCCCAUCAGGGCCGGCGCGUCGGCAUGCAGCCCCUUCAGCCGCUGCAGCCAGUGUACCCACACGAAUACUUCAAUCAGAUAGAGAGUCAACAGGCGCUCCUCAAUCAUGUAACCUCACCUGGACCGCCACCGGGAGCGCAUAGCUCCUUGAGGAGAGAGGAGCCAGACGGUGACCUCACACCGCAAGCCUGUCCGAAUCCCGUGCAUUUCCAGAUGGGAGGGGAUGGCAUAUCGCCCUCACGGUCCGAGGCGAUUAGCUCAUUCGCCUCGGGCAACUCGAAGUUGGCGCUCAUGAAGGGAACGAGUUUCGAUGGCUCGAUAGACAGCCCUCUGGAAGAAGACACAAACGGGAACAGGAUCAAAAAUAAACGAAAAGGAAGUAAACGACGCAGUGCUUUCAUGAAUGCAAUACGGAACUCCUUCACAUCCGCGUCCACCCUCGUUGACUCCGAGGACAAUUCAUCGAGAGGUUCAACUCCAGCUCUUGAAGACAAGAGGAAGAAAUCCGGAGUUUUUGGAGCCAUCAAGAAAAUCUCUCGCGGUACUAAGGAGAAAACCACGCCUGAGCGUGACAGCUGAAAAGCUCACUUGAUGUAAAUACCCCGUACUAUGCACAAACAGUGUUCUUGUCACGGAAUCGUCGAUCAUGUCGAUUGACGUGGCGGCUGUGUUCAGCAUCGAAAAUUCGAAAAGAGGAAAUCCUUUCGAUGUGUAAAGUGUACCAUAGAAACUCGGUUGAAGCCGUCGAGCUCCGCGAGUUGGCAUCUCAACAAAUCUCAAAACCAUUCAGUCUCACCCGGGCUCAUUAUGACAACAUUUCGAUUGGUGAGGAGUGAGGAGCCCAUAUGACAUUGAUGCUAUCAGCUAUAAUUUGAACAAUAUGCUCCAAGCCCCCCCCCCCCCACGCGGACGCGGGACCUCUAGACUGCUGUGAUUAUACAUGCUCGUCAGGGAAGAUGGCAAAGAAGCGCCUCCUCGCAGCGAACGGCUUCCGAAUAGUGUUCAUACUAUACGUUUACAUUAUUUGAAUCAAUCGAUGAAAUUUCCUCAGGCUCUCUAUUCCGGCGGACAAAACCCACGGAUACUUCCU